UGCUGGAAGGAUAUUUCGGAAACUACCUACCUAAGCGUACAUAGGUAUCCCACGACUCUGGAUUUUGACGUCACCGUCGGGAGCUUAAAGCCUUAGUGUAGCUAUACCGUUGCGGUCUAGCGGCCAAACCACAAGCUGCUGAUCCACCCUGCCACCUAUGUACAUAUCAUAUGUUAGUUGUAGGUAAGGACCUUUUAAAAAUAUAUACCGAGUACCUCUUAUGCCCGCCAUAGAUACACCUACGUCAAUAAAUACCUCUUAUGCCCGCUAUAGAUACACCUACGUCAAUAAACACCUCUUAUGCUCGCCAUAGAUAGAUACACCUACGUCAAUGAUAUCUCGUAUAUAGGUAGGAAUUUGCUUUUUUCCCCUUCUUGAACUAGGGAAUCUGAUUGGUUCAGUAUCUACCAAUCUAUCUUAUAAAUGUUGCCGCCGAAAUGCUACCAUCAGAGCUUAACGUUCUUUCUUAGGAAAGCAAUGUAUGUAUACUGCAGAGCAAAAGUGUAAAGAGACGCUUAUUUUUCCGGGCCGCUACCUACAUAUAAGAGAUGUCCCAGGAAGGUGCAGAUAUAGCAUCGGCUUACCGAAGCCUCUACCUCGCCAAGUUUCAAGAGGACGUAUCAGCCGGCACCAAGAAGCCUUUCCUAGUCCCUUUAUCCUUCCUUGGCUUUUUGUUUAUACCCAUCUAUCUUGCUAUACCACACAAGAACCGGCCAUGGCUAUACCGAGCCAGAUGGCUUGUCCUCGCUUUUGCCGUGGCCUUUAAUUUCCAUAUGAUACUUAACGUCUCAAGCCAGAACUUCGUCUCUGCAUAUGCCGCUGGUUUUGUCGGUGCUUGGGGUAUCGUAUGGAAUUUCACCCUGCUCGUCUGGACAAAACCGCAAUGGGAAGCCAAGAGAGUACAAAUUAGAAGGAAGAGAAGGCAACAAGAUGCAAAACGCACUCGGGAUAAGGAGCCGAGAGUUUCUUCGCCUUCACUAUCGGAGAACGGCCAUGCUGCUCAGACAACCAAAAGCUCUAAGAGGGAAGCAGAUUCUGCAGAUUCAACCGGUUUAGAAUCAGACCGAUGUAAACCUAACGGUAAUGGAUCGGCUUAUAAUCGUAAGGAGAUGAUAGAUGGCGCUGCUACCCCGAAGACAUCCUCGGAAAAAACGAAGUUAUCGGAGGAAUCAAAGAAGUUGCUCUUAGACGCAAUACCUUCACUGCGGAAAUGUCAAAAUGACGACGAAUUAGUCAUUGAACUCAAGAAAUUAGAAGCAGAGCAAGAAUUCGAGUACUACUGGCAGGAAUACCCAGCCAACGCUUCUCUCUGGGCUCGGCUAGACUGGGUCUUCGACAUUGCCAGCUCGGUCCGGAUGACAGGCUGGAACUGGGCAAUCCCCUGCCUACCUCCCUAUCACCUGCCCCCCACCAUCAACGGGUACCAGCUGCCCCUGAGCGUCGUCGGCCCUCAGCGCAGUAAGCAAGGCUACACGCGGCAACUCACCCUCAAAUCCCUCUUCCUCACGCGCUUCUUCCGGGUCAUCAUCCCGAGCUACCUCCUCGUCGACUUCUGCGCCGUGCACAUGACCGCCGAUCCGUACUUCAUCCUCGGACCCGAACACAGCGAUCUCGCCCCUCUCCCACCUCACUUGGCAUCUCUCUCCCCCGUCGCCCUUAACGCCUGGCGCAACGUCCUCUCGUCACUAGGCGUGAUGUUCACGAUCCAGCUCGGCCUCGCCGUCGGCACUUUGUCCCUGGCCCUGCUCCCCCCCUCCCCGCAAACCUUGCGUUUCCGCUCCGACCCCUGGUAUCUCCCCUCCGACUACGGCUCUUUCUCCCAGGUCCUAGACCGCGGGUUACCUGGCUUUUGGGGCAGCUGGUGGCACCAGACGUUCCGAUUUGGGUUCACGGCGCCGACCCGCUGGCUUGUCACGAACGGGUACGUGAAACCUGCAUCGCGGGCGCAACAAACUUCCACAAUUGCUUUUGCAUAUCUGCAGUCGGCCUUCUUGCAUGCGGCGGGCAGUUAUAGCACUGUGACUACGAGGACCAAGUGGUGGCUUCCGGCGCUAUUCUUCAUACUCACAGGCCUGGGGUCUACGCUGCAGACGUGGUUGGCGCGCACUGUUUUCGGGACGCUGGUACGUCGGAUGCCGCGGUGGGUAAGGAGGCUUGGGAACUUAGUUUUUGUACUCGGAUGGAUGUGGUUGACGAACUGGGCGCUGGUAGACGACUUCGGUCGCUGUGGGUUAUGGCUCUACGAUCCGGUGCCUGUUUCCAUAUUCAGGUGGCUAGGUUACGGUCCGACUCAGGACCGCCGCGUGUGGAGGUACGGGUGGGAUUUUAUGCCAAAGUGGUACUGGGGGAAGCAUUGGUGGGAUAGCGGGUUUGGAAUCUAAGCGUAAGACAAAAUGAUCCGGCUAAAGAUGGUUUGAGGAUAUUGGGACAAUGGUCAUGUGAUGAGGUCACAUGACCAGGGUUACAUGACCAGGGUUGUGUCCACACACGCCGCCUGCGCACAAGCUAUUCUCCCCACUUGGGGAAACCCCUCCACUCCUUCUACAACACAACCAAUCAGAUUACAGUCAUUCCAUUCAUAUUUCCUUACUUUUCUUAUUCGUUACGAAACGCAAAGCCACUCCAACAGGGGGUAAUAGGGUGUCUUGAUUAGCAUCCGUGCUGCCCACUUGGAUGCUCGAGUCUGGGA